CCAACGAGUUAUUACUAGUGAAGCGCGUGCCGCAUACAAUUCACCUAUCCGUCCUUGCCUUUUCCCUUGUUCCUCUAGUUUGCUUCUCCACUUGAAUGAUUCUCGCGAUAUCUAGCCCCACAUACCAAAGCUUUGAGAGAGUUGUUAGAUUGCCUGGAGACCCCACCACGAUGACCUCCCGACCUGCGGCACUCUCCCAAACAUUCCCAUGGAUCAAAACACCCCUUAUAGUCUCCGCCCCCAUGCGCCUAGUCUCGGGCCACCAACUCGCAGUCGAAGUUUCCAAAGCCGGUGGCAUAGGCUUUUACGGACCAGGCUACGACGUAGACCCGGUCCCGGGCGCUCUCCGAGCCGCCCGCGAAGCCUUUGCCCUCUCGGAUCCUGCAGAGGUACUACCCAUCGGCGUCGGCUUUCUCCUAUGGAAAGCUCCGCUGGAGCCGGUGCUCGAUGUGCUGAGGACGUACCGCCCGGCCGCAGUCUGGUUAUUCGCGCCGAAGGACGAAUCGCAGAUGCAAGAAUGGGUGUACGCUAUCAAGAGUAACGCUCCGGGUGUGAGUAUCUGGGCGCAAGUCGGCAGCCUCGCGGAGGCACAGUCCAUCGUUCAGUUGGAUGUCGAUGUGUUGGUACUCCAAGGCGGGGACGCGGGCGGUCAUGGGAUCUCAGGGCGUAGGGGGAGUGUCAUGCAGCUUGUACCUGAGGUUGUAGAUAUGCUUGGCCAGAGAGAUGGUAGGGGAAACAAACCUUUGACUGUCUUGGCUGCCGGCGGGAUCAUAGAUGGACGAGGGGCUGCAGCGGCGUUAGGCUUGGGCGCGCAGGGGGUUGUGCUCGGAACGAGGCUUAUUGCUUCUACGGAGUCCGAGGCGCAUGCUAGGUUUCGGGGAGCCGUGGUUGGGGCUAGGGAUGGAGGGAGUGGUACUGUUAGGACAAGGCUUUACGACGAACUCCGUGGAACGGGGGAUUGGCCGGAGCAGUACGAUGGUAGGGCGAUUGUCAAUGAUACGUUUCAGGAUGACGUUGGCGGGCUAUCGAAGCUCAGAAACAAGGAGCUUUAUGAUAAAGCAAGGGAGGCAGAGGAUUGGAACAGGCUGACCAUGUUUGCUGGGACUGGAGUGGGAUUGGUAAAGGAGGUAUUACCCGCUGGGGAGAUUGUGGAGGAGGUUAGGCGCGAGGCAGUUGAGGUUAUUGAGCGGUUGGGGAAAGUUUAUGCUUAGCGAUGGUGGCUCCGUUGUACGGGGGGGGGGUUACUUAGCACCAUACUCAGAUGUAGUCUUCAGCGGAUGGCUUACUUAGUGCUAUCUUAUGAAAACAAAUUUGGCUCGA